GGGCCUAGCUGGUCACCUAGCCAUGCUUAUCGUUGUAAAGUGAGGUAGAGAAGUGUCAGGUUUUUGGAUCGUGCAGCAAGCGUUUCAAUCUUAAUAGCUCCAUGGUUUCAAUGUUUCGCCGAGAUCUGCUGCAUACACCAGUGCAGUGGCUCGUUGUUUUUCGUGAAUAAGAGUAGAAGCUGUUUUAGGGUGUUUGUUUGGUUUGAUCAUUACGAAAGAAAAUAGCUGGUGAGAAGGCCGUGGGCGGUAUAGCGAUGGAUUCGUUCAUGUAUUUAGGGGUCCUGGUAGUGUUAUUUCUACUAUGGAUUAAAGUAAAGGGACUCGAUUACGUGAUCGUUCAUCAAAGAUGGAUUUUUGUGUGUUUAUUCCUGCUACCGCUCUCCGUUGUAUUCGACGUGUAUUAUUAUUUGCGUGCAUGGAUAAUAUUCAAGAUGUGCUCAGCGCCAAAACUGCAUGACCAACGGGUCAAAGACAUUCAGCGGCAGAUAAGCGAUUGGAGGAAAGAGGGGGCCAAGACCCAUAUGUGCACGGGGAGACCAGGCUGGCUGACCGUGUCCCUCCGAGUUGCCAAGUACAAGAAAACCAACAAGAACAUCAUGAUCAACAUGAUGGACAUACUGGACGUGGACAUCAAGAGACAGGUGGUACGAGUUGAGCCUCUGGCCAACAUGGGUCAGGUGACCGCUCUCCUAAACUCCAUUGGCUGGACACUGCCUGUGGUGCCCGAGUUAGACGACCUCACCGUGGGUGGUUUGGUGAUGGGUACUGGCAUCGAGUCAUCCUCUCAUAUUUACGGGCUGUUUCAGCACAUCUGUGUUGCAUUUGAACUAGUUCUCGCUGACGGCAGCCUGGUUCGCUGUACGGAGGAGGAGAAUUCAGACCUGUUCCACGCUGUUCCCUGGUCCUGCGGUACGCUGGGCUUCCUGGUUGCCGCGGAGAUCAAGAUCGUCCCGGCCAAGCAGUGGGUGAAGCUGUGCUACGAGCCGGUCCGAGGGCUCGAGAACAUUUGCCAGUGCUUCACCGAGGCGUCGCAGAACAAGGGCAACACGUUUGUUGAGGGCCUGCAGUACUCUCUGGAUAGUGCCGUCAUCAUGACGGGAACCAUGACGGACCACGCAGAGCCUGACAAGAUCAACCGGAUAGGUCUGUACUUUAAGCCCUGGUUCUUCAAACACGUGGAAGGUUACCUGAAAGACGACCGCAGUGGCGUGGAGUACAUCCCACUCAGACACUACUACCACAGACACACACGCAGCAUCUUCUGGGAGUUGCAGGACAUCAUUCCCUUUGGCAACCACCCUGUCUUCCGCUGGCUCUUGGGCUGGAUGGUUCCUCCCAAGAUCUCCCUGCUGAAGCUCACCCAGGGAGAGACCAUCCGCAGGCUGUAUGAGCAGCACCACGUGGUCCAGGACAUGCUGGUGCCCAUGAGACACCUCCAGACGGCCCUCACUCGCUUCCACCAAGACAUCCAGGUGUACCCCCUGUGGCUGUGUCCCUUCAUGCUGCUGCCCAGCAGAGGCAUGGUGCACCCCAAGGCCCAGCAGAAGGAGGAGCUCUACGUGGACAUCGGGGCGUACGGCGAGCCCAGGGUCAAACACUUUGAGGCCAAGGCGUCCACGCGCCAGCUCGAGAAGUUUGUCAGAGACGUCCACGGGUUCCAGAUGCUGUAUGCAGACGUAUACAUGGACAGAGAGGAAUUCUGGGAGAUGUUUGAUGGAACGCUGUACCACAAGUUGAGGGAGCAGCUUGGCUGUAAUGAUGCGUUCCCUGAGGUGUACAACAAGAUCUGCAAGUUGGCUCGUCACUAAAACUGGACCUGCUUAUGUUUGGACAUAGUCAUACAUUGUCGUACAUUAAUUAGCUUUUCGCCCAAACAAUGGGCAGAACCAAUGGUUAGCGUAAUGGUGAAGGACGUGUUGUAUACCACUCUCAAAAUAGAAUAUUUAUUUUUCUCGCACUUCUUCAUGGUUCUCAAGGAGCAUGUGGGCCUCAAAAAUACACAUACCAGCUAAUGAACUAAUACUGUUUGAUGUGCCUGCACACAUUAAUAUUAAUUAUAGCUACGAUUAAUGUGCUGCUUUCUAGUUUCCUCUUUACAAGUUAAAAUGCUUUCUUCCCUUCUCAUUUUGUUAACUUCUGAUAUAAGUUUUCAUGAAUGAUUCAUGAAAUGAUGUCAUGUAAUGAUUGAUGAUCAUGAUUUUUGGUCUCUGUUCCUACACUAUGAAGUGUGCAAAUAACUACCUUUGCAUUAUUAUUAUUUUCAUUCCUUUGUUUGUGUCUGUAGAGCUGCAGUGCCCAUCAUGUUUAGUGGUCUUACUGGAUUAUUAGUGUGGAUUUAGCAGUGUUUACCAUUCCAACCUUACAAGUCACUUCUCAGUGCCAUUAAACUUCUUAAAUGUACAUUUUCAACUCAAUAUGGAUAUAUGAUUGUUGAUAUGCGUAUAUCUCUAUGUGGACAUCAUGAAAUGUUAAGUCUGAAAGAAACUAUUUUGUAAACUGGUAUAGAUUUUGUAUGAGAGGUUAACUCUGGACUGGCAUGACAAAACUGGCUUUGCCUUUCGAUUCAAGCUUUUAAUAAAUUCACAUUUUACAAUAAAUAGCCUUCUCCUGGAUGACAUUCUUAAUUAUUUUGGAAUAAAAUAAUUAAAGAAACCUUAAAUGUACUUCAAUACAUUAAAGGAGGAUUCCCCGGCCGUAGCUUCUCUCUGAAACACAAACAAACAUGCAUAUCAUAAUUUCAUUUGAACUGUGUAAUGUCCAUAGAUGUGUAUAAUAAAGCGAUGAAUCCAUCUUC